CGCGCCACCAUCACACGAACGUUUGCAUGCGUGCACGGGGCAACUACGGGAUUGCGGAUUGCAGUCGUUUCGGCCGGGUAGCUGCUAGAACGCUUUGUCGUGUCUGGUUAUGCCGAAUUGUUGUUAUAAUGUUAAUAUCGUCCAAAUGGAAAAGUUACAUGGCAUUUAGAUUUUCAAAUACAGUGUGCGCACUUGCCAAACUUAGACAUAUCAUCGAUGCGUGAUAAAUAUGGCACGCCGCAAGUCAAACGAAAAAUACAACUGUCAUAAAGCCAACAACGCCAAGAUGAGAUACAAGGCAAACUCUGACGACGAGAACUUCAGUUCUUUCAAAGAUCAACUUUUAUCAAUCGGUCUUACACUCAGGGUUAUGCAGGGUGACGGGAAUUGCCUGUUUAGAGCACUAAACGACCAAAUGGAGGGUCAUACGAGGAGCCACUUGAAAUAUAGAUCGGACACGGUGCAGUACAUGAAAGACCACAGAUGCGACUUCGAACCUUUCGUGGAAGACGACGUCCCAUUUGCACAACAUUUACAUAACCUUGCACAACCAGGUACCUAUGCGGGCAAUGAUGCCAUUGUUGCCUUUGCGAGGCUACAUCAAGUUGUGAUAGUCAUUCAUCAGUUAAAUACUCCCCUCUGGCAGGUAAGGGGCACAGACAAGCCCAAUUCCACAGAGCUCCACCUGUCCUACCACAACGGAGACCACUACAAUAGUGUCCGCAAGAUUGGUGAUAACAGUCAGGGGCCUGCUAGCAUCCGAUUAUCUGUUCCCAAACCUGGAACACCACAGAUUCCAAAUGAAGAGAGUAACGCAGUAGCAAAUCUGGAAGCCCAAAGGAAACUUGAAGAGGGAAUCAUGCUUGAAACUGGAACUGAGGAUCUGCAGCUAGUAAGGGAAGUCCUGCAGGACUGUGGAUAUGACAGGCAAUCUGCAGUGGACCACAUCCUAAGUCACAAGCUUACUUUUGAGUCUGAUGGCGAAGAUUCGGGCGAAAUUAUGAAUUCCAUUUGGAGCAUCGACGGCACUGGGACGAGGAUAUUCGGAGAAGCUGCAGCUGAAAGUGCGACCUCCAACAGUACAGCCACCACAACCAAAGGGCCAUCACCAAGAAAACGAGUCUCUGCAAGAACGAAAAAGGAACAGAAGAAACAAGAACGUAAACAGAGGAACGAGCAGCGCAAGCGGGAAGAGGCCUCCACAUCACCGCAGGAGAAUGCCAACAAAAAUGAUACUGCCGUCAUAGUGACCGAUCUAAAGUGUCUCAGCAUCUGACAACCAUGUGACAUUUCUUUGGGAUGUGCCUUGACAUUUUGAAGCUACGGACAUCAAUCCGUUUGAGCCAAAGCAUUAUUUAUACGGGGCACAAGGGCGUGCAUGUGUCAUAUUUAUUUAUUUAUACAAAUAAAUGCUCGAUGCUA